AUGGACAUUCGUAACUAUUUCUCUGCACCAAACACAACCAAAAAACUAGAAAAGAAAACCUCUGCAGAGAAACCUUCUAAAGAUACUGCUAUAAAGAAAAAGAAACCCAAGCGCCGCAUUCCUGAUUCGGACGACGAGCUCAGUGAUCCCAAUAAGGCAUCAAAGUCAAAUACUUCUACUCCAUCACCAAGCGAAAGUGAGGAGAUUGUAAAUAAGAAAUCCGUGCGAAGUAUUCGUUCUAAAACUACAAAAUCCAAUUCAAAUGAGGUGGACGAUGAUGAAAUAUCUCCUUAUAACAGUACUUCAGAAAACCUAGAGAUAUUUUCCUCACCUAGGAGUUCAACAAGAAAAUCCACGCUUGUUGAAAGAAAAACACCCGAAACAACACCCAAAAAACGACAGUCUUUUGAAGCAAAUAUUUCUGAUGAUGACUACUUUCCACCUGAGGAAGAAGCUCUGCCUACCAAGAAAACGAAGCAUGAACAAAAGAACGUUGAAGAGAAAUCUCCUAGUAAACGCGCUAUUAAAUCACCACGGUCGAAGAAAGGAAAACCUCACGAUGUGGAUAAUGACGAUGAAAUGAAUAUCGCUGAAACAACUGAUCAAAUUAAGAAUAAAACGGGUCCAACGGCCUCUGAAUCUAAAGAAAUACCUCAAGGCGAAGAUAUGUGCUUAUUUGGUAAAACCUUUGUUUUUACCGGUGAUUUAGAUACUUUGGACCGUGAGGAAGCUCAAGACAUUGUCAAACGUAAUGGAGGUCGUGUUACUUUACAGCCUAGUUCGAGAACUUCAUAUGUUGUUGUUGGAAAAGAUCCAGGACCAAAAAAAAUGGAAAAAGUUGAACAGUUCAAAAUCCCUACUUUGAAUGAGGAACAACUCCUAGAAUUGAUUAGAACAUCCCCAAAAAAGUCUAGUUCUGAUGUUGCUAGUAUAAAGAAAUCUCCAAAAUCAAAGGCCCCUAUUACGAAAAUUUCCGAAGCGAUUGCAUCAGUCACUUCAACUGAUGCAAAUG